AUGUAUCGUUUAGCUGUUUGUAUUCUGCUUGCGAGUCUUUGCUCUACAGUCAUAAGCAAUGAGUCUAGAGUCGUGUGUUAUUACAAUUCAGAAAGUUCUUUACGCAAAGGCUCUGGAAAACUGACCAAAAAUGACUUGCUCUUCUCUGCCCCGUAUUGUACACAUUUGGUGUAUGGCUAUGUGGGAAUAAGUGGCGACAACUACCAAGUGAACAGCCUGAAUGAACGUCUGGACAUUAAGUAAAAACAUUUGACUGAAGUAACGUCCAUUAAGAGCGAAUAUCCAGGCUUGAAAGUGCUACUGAGUGUAGGCGGAGAUCGUGAUAUUGAUGCGAAGUAUCCUAAUAAAUAUAUCGAACUACUAGAAGCAGGACAAGAAAAGCAAAAUGAAUUUAUUCAGUCAGCUCACUUGUUCGUUAAGAAUUUUGGUUUCGAUGGCCUUGAUCUAGCAUAUCAAUUCCCACGGAACCAACCUUGGAACAAAGAAGGAAUAGAAAAACUGAAACCAAAUACAGAGCAGCUUAAGGAACAGUUUACAACACUCGUUCAGAACUUAAAGGAAACGUUGCAAAAUGAUGAAUUGCUCUUAAGUGUGACUGUGCUGCCGAAUGUCAACUCUUCAUGGUAUUUUGAUAUUCCUGCACUUGACAAGCACCUGGACUUUGUGAAUCUGGCCGCCUUUGAUUUUAUCACCUCCCAUCGGAAUCCCCACGAAGCUGAUUACUCUGCUCCACUUUACCAUAAUGCAACCCAGAAUCGAUUGCCACACUUUACUGUGGAUUUCCAGGUGCAAUAUUGGAAGCAGCAAGGAUUUCCCUCCAAUAAAUUAAACUUGGGAUUUGGCAUUUAUGGAAAUACAUGGAGACUAACCUACCAAUCAGGUGAAAGUGGCGUACCUAUCGUUUAUCAUGCCAAGGGUCCUGCUCCGGGAGGUCCUUAUACCCGAAAAGAUGGUGUGGCUAGCUAUCCGGAGAUAUGCACCUUGCUGCACAAUGCACUUCUUUAUAAAGAUUCGACGACGAAAGAGGAUCAGGAGGCAUAUGGGAACUACGUUCACUAUUCCCCAUUCGAACCUAACACUGAAGGCGUCUGGGUAAGCUACGAUAACAUUUAUGCCCUCGUCAGCAAGGCGAGGUAUGCCAAGAGCCAUGUAGGAGGUGUGGCUAUAUUUGAUCUCGGAUACGAUGAUUACCAGGACGAAUGCAAUGCGGGAAUGUUUCCAAUAAUGCGGUUUAUAAGGGUAAAUUUUUUGAGUGAGAAUGCGACUUAUCCAGAAAUUGAUCUAGCUGGAAUACCAAUUUGGUAA